GGUUGAAAUUUGGUAGACGUUUAUUUGUAAAAGUGGUUGAGAAUUAAAUGGCAGGAUGUGAACACGGAUUUCCGCUGUUUAUGGUCACGGACAAUUGAUGUGUAUAGGAUUUUGAUUGACUUCAAGGUACUUCAAAGCAGACCAUCAGGAAAUGACGCUACAGUGAGUGAGAGAGAGAAAGAGAGACAGAGAGAGAAAGAGAGAGAUUUUCUAACCCUGGCUCGAUAUAUAUGUGUUACUAUACAUCUUUCAUACGCAUGAAGAUGUGUGCCUCUAUCGUUGGCAUCACACAGACAUCAUUCAUUCACCAUCACACAUCCAAGAUCACUGCAUAAAUUUUCAACCACAUUCACACUAUAAAAAAAAAUCACAGUUUGGUAGGAUUAUGGGAAAUGCUUCUCCUUCAGCAAAACCCAAAUGUGAACUGAUGCAAUGCACAACUCCAGUUUCCCCACAAGUGAUCCCAAUUGCUUUUCCACACAGGCCUAUCCACCCUUGUGCUUUAGCUUUGGUGCCGAAUGAAAUGUGACUGACAUUUCACUGUGGGCAUAAAUCAGAAAACCAGAGAGCUUGAGCAAAAAAACUGCCAUGCGCACAUGUUGAAGACAGAUGUUUAGUCUAUACUUGUCAUCAUUAGUAUCGUAUCAAUCUGUAUUUGUCUGCUCACAGUGAUCAUAACAAAGAAUGUUUAGGAAAAAUGGUUGAGAGAGAGAGAGAGACGACACGGCGUUAAAAAGCUGCCUGUCUUUCCCAUCUGAAACUUUUCUGCAUAAAUACGGUCAUGGCACUCGGCCAAGCAUGUUGAAGGAUCACGCACAGGAGAGUAAAUGCGAACUUCCACAUGUGACCGAGUUCUUUUGUCCGAUGCAUAUGUGCAAAAAACAAAAACCACAAACACUGCACAUGCAUCCACACCUGCACCUACUCACACCUGUAGAUUAUACGACAGUUACCAUGAUGAUGAGGGACAAUACGCUUGAGGCCAGAUGGUCACUUGCACACACCACCCUAGAUGCGUGACCUAUUCCUCCUCUUAACCAUCUGUGACUGCAGAGCACAGGCCUGAGCUGGGUUUCCCAUCACUGACUAACAGAAAUAUGUCCGGGCAAGUAAAGACACUCAGGAUACUGGUUUUGUAGCUUUUAUGAUGGUCGUGACAGUAUUUUUCAACCUCCUCUCUGGUGCCAUGGAAACUCAUGCUACACCAACUCCAGAUGUAUGCUUCACCUGAGGUUAUCAUCACUUAGUGAGGAAGAUGUCAGGAAAGAAUUAAGUUCAAUCAAUCAAUCAAUCAGGUUCUAUCAAUAUAUUCACAAGUGUUAUCCCAUGACGCUUAACAAAAAAGCUGGUCAAGACCAUCCUCGAUUUACAAUGAGCCCCUGAAAAGAUGGGAUGAGAUUGGGGUGGAAUGAGCACUUUGCAAUAUUUAGCAAGAGACAGCAGAGAGGAAAAACUUCCUUUAACAGGCAGAAACCUCGAACAGAACCAGACUUGUGUAAAACAGUCAUCUGCUGCUACUGCACUGGGUUCAGAGAGGGGAUAGUAGGAGAUGGACACAGACAGCAGCAAUCCAGAGGAAGCUACAGCAUGAUGGUGCACAGGGACUCUCUAAAGUUAUGUUACAAAGUAGAAGACAUUGUGUGCAUGGAGAUAAGCACGGUGGGCUUUAGACCAUGAAGUUUACACUUUGCAGACUAAGCCAACCAAAGCACACCUGACUUCUCAGUCAGAGUAAGCCUGGUAUUAAACACAGUGUAACACAAUCUCCCUGACAGAACCAUCAAAAAUAUGACGAACAUUUUUGUGACUGGGUUAGCCAAACAAGCUAUCAUCUGCGAUAAUCACCCAUAUUUGAUAAGGAAACCAGUUUUGCUCUAUGGCUACAAGCUCUGAUCAAUGUCUCUGUAUUCAGAGUGUGUGAAUGUAUGUGUGCAAAGAGGACAACCCGUACAGGCCAUAUGAUAGCCACCUGUGUAAACCGUUUGAGUAUCUAGUAGCUCUGAACACUAGAUCCUCAGAGCACUGCUGGGAGACCAGGGGCUUGACCUUUCUAUAGCAGAAGGUAGCCCUGCAGGUGGUCAACAGUAGACAUACACUUCCACGCAUUAGCGAAAACUCUCCCAGUAAAGUCUAUCUUGCUUUUAAUCUCCGUAUUUCCUCUCUUUUAUACUGUCUCACACUAUUAAAUUUUAGUUUAGUGCACAUAACUAAAAGAUACUUCCAUGUGCAAUAACAUUGUGAGGGGGAGGAGGAGCGAACAUGUCCGUCUCUGCGGGUCAAACAGGAGGUGAGGGGGUUUGUGUCAAACAGGGGCGGAUAUUGACACAGCAUUAACAUGAAUGAAAAUAUUUUCUGUGUUCAGAGAGCAUGAAAGGAACACCGCCAGACGUUUGGACAUGGCCUGUACAAACAAACCAGAGACAUCAGCACUCAAUCAAAAAGUCUUUUACACACCCUAGCCUCCUGAAACAGCAGCAUUACAAAGGGGCGUAAGGAUCAUUAAUGUCACCAUCUUUUAAUCUUUUACAUUCAUAAAGCCCAUAGUGCAGACAAAUUUCUCUGCAGUGCGGCACACACUCAAUAAAUAUUCCAGGAAUCUGUGAAAACCUCGGGAAGCUUGUAAGAGGACAGAAUUUCAAUGGAGGUGGGAAGAAAGCGAGUGCAUGGAUGCUGUGUAGGAGUGCGGCAUGGGAGACCCCUGGGUAAAAGCUACCGGCGCAGUCAGGAUCAUACUAAUGGAAACAUCAAGAAGCUGAAAAAAAAGAACACAAAUCAAGAAAAGAGGCAGGGAGCGGGGACGGAGGGAGGGCGGGGUGGUUAAAAAGAGUGGUGGCGGUGGGGGUGGGGGAUUAAGUUGUUGCUGUUUCUGACUGAUUACUGCUAUUAGGCUGAAUGAAGGGAGGAGAGACUUCUUCAGUCACUGAGGGGCCAGUGUGUGCGAGUGGAUGCUGUGCCCACCAGUCUGUGCGCAUUAGCUUCUCUAAAUGGCUAUUAAUCUGCAGCAGUGGAUUUAGAGAUCGGAAAUGGAAACCUUCCAGGGCCACCUUUCACCAGGGUGUAAGACUCUAAAACAGGCUCACCCUGAUGCUGAAGGUCAGACUGAUGAAACUGUGUGUCACAGGCGGUCAGAUAGUGUCAGCUCGGUGGAAAGCUGACGAUGAACAGUUGUCUCACCCUCAACAACAGAUGAGUCUGUAAUUGCACCAGGCAAUGGAAUAACAGGGAUAGUGUAUGUUACAAGACCCCCCACCCCCCUCUCUCUAUACGCACACAAAGUCCGUCUGUUCUGGCAGGGAACAGGUGCAAUGUGGGAGUUGGAGUCAUCAGAUACCAGGGUGGUGCCAGGGGGUGGGGGUGCAGCUGCUACAGCCAAAUGAAAUCAUAUAAAUUCCAUAUUAUACAGUGAGUCUUAAUUCAUAGGCGUGCACUUUCACACAGAAAUGUGCAUAUACUCGUAUCGUCUGAUAGGCGUUUAGAUUGUUUUUGUUAUGUUCAUGCUUUUUCUCAAUGUCUGAAUCCAGUACAAAUUAUGCUUACCACAGGGAAACGUUUCCAUUUAAUCCCUGUUUUAUUAAUUAAAACAAAAUCUCACCACAAUGUGAACCAGACACGAGUUUCUGGAUCAACAAAAGGGAGAUUUUUCGUCUUUGCAUAGUGAUGGAAUGCUUCCAUUUGAGGGAUCAACAUGACUCAAUGUUGUUGUCACCACACAGUUAUGAGAAAGAGACACAGAGAAACAGAUGUAAUACAGAGAGAUUUACCGGAGACAGACGAUGCUGUGCUUCAGUAACUGGGCGCCUUGGGGACUUUCCUGUGGGAUGUGCACAAAUUCAAUAACCAAUCCAGUCACAUCUUGUCCGUCUUUGAGAGAAGAAAGUGUGUGCUUGUUAACGGGAUCCAGACAGAUUUAGACCUUGAGACAUAACAUGAAGCUACAAGGACAAAUUUGACAGAUGCAUGCCAGUGAGUUUUAUUCAAAUCUUCCUCAAUAUGAGCAGUGCUGUAGGCUUAAAGCUGCAAACAUUACUGGAAACAUUAAAAAGAUACCAGCUUUUAGACAAACUGUAAGCUGAAGCUACAGAGGAUAUGCAAAAGCCGAGCCUACAUACAGGCUGCACUGGACACAAGGGCGAAGUAAUAACCAGGUUUUACUGAAAUGAAGAGUGUGAGAGAUAGGUAUUCAGAUAAACACAGGGAUGGAUUAAAUUGGAAGGGAGAAGAAAAAAAAACCUUGUUCUUGAAAAUCCAUGGUAACAGCGAUAAUGACUAUCCGAAUGGAAACAAACACGAACACAGCAAUAAUUGAAAAUGAAAGAGGUGCUGGAGUUAAGAGGCUGAAAAGCUUUGGCUCGGGUCCAACUUAAUGCAGCUGAGGACUGAGGCAAAAAGGAGAAGGUGGUGGUGAAGGAGGAGGGGGAGAAGAGAGGAGAAGCGAGGGGUGGUCUGUGGAGUGACAUGAGAGGCAGGAGAGAGUCUUACUGCCUGGGAGACUCGGCACACUUAAUCCAGCUGCCUGGAGGGGGGGUGGGGGGUCUCAAGCAAUCUAGAGGAAGGAGCAGGCAAUUUUCAAGCUGACACACACUCCCUACCUUUUCAACCACACACAAACACACAGCAGCUUUUCCUUACACACUCCCCAGCAUGGCAGGUGGCCUCUGCCCAGAUCAGUAGCAUGUGGUAGAGGCCAUCUUAACUGACUCACUGAGGUUUUGAGCUGAGGUUUGGGAUCCUCCCUGACUGUUGGAGCGUAAGCAGAGUUUGGAGCCUGAGCUUCACUUUCUUCCCCCAGUGCAGAGAGACGGCACGCCAGGCACGAGGCUCCCUACUCCUCCCCUCUUCCUCCCCUUCUCCCACUCUGCCUUUUUUUUCCCCCUGGGCUUCUGUCCAGAGAAUGACUGGCUCUAGUGGACUUUAGAGGAGGAACACCGCCUGAGGAUACAGUACAGGAGCUGCCUGUCUGCCUGCCUGCCUGCCUGCUGGGACAGACAAAUGCAUUGAGGUUUUACAAAUCAGCACCUCCUUACCUUUGAGAGAUUUCUUUUUUUCCUGUCUGUCAUCAGAUCAGAAGGACUGGAUCUAAGCUGGGCUUUCAGACAGACGGACUGACAUAUGGACAGAGAGCAGUGGGCACUGCGGCGUGAAUGUAGCAACUGGACUUCUUCUCUCCCUGGUUACUAAGACCAAACAAGGAUAAUAGUCAGAUCACUAUCCUGUCCACCGAGUUGGUGGGUGGAUGCAGCAUUCAGCAGACUGCUAUAGGGGAAAGCAGAGACUGUAUAGAAGCUGCAGAGAAACAUCAACAGGGAGGAAAAGGGUUUCUUCCUCCAAGCAGACUUUUGUUGGAUUGUUUUGGUUGGUAAGAACUUUCAGGGCAAAGAUGGAGGACUUUCUUUCUUUUCAUGGACUUUGCUGCCAGUGUUAAGUGGACUUAUAGGAUUCCUGUAUAAAUGUACAUGGAACAUUUGUCUUAACUAUGAUGGCAGAGUGCAUAAGGACUGUUUAUCUGACACUGAUGCUGCUGGGUACAGCUUACACAACACACAGCAUCUACCCAAGGAUACGGCUCUCCCACAAAGGUAAGAAAUAAAGUGUAGCUGCUGCUUUCUUUUCCACACCUUAAUCCCUUUUGGCAGAAAAGCAAAUAUCAACGCAAAGACAGUCAGCCUUCAGGUGAUGCAACAUUUUGUUUGCUGUCCACAACAGUUAAUGCAGCGUCAACUGGAAACAAGCAUUUUCCGUUCACUGCCUUCCACGCAGGUUGAGAAUAAGACAGGUGUAACCGAGCAGGAUUUUAUCAUCCUUUAGACUCCCAUGCCAAGUUUAUUCAGGAGCACUCAUUGCAACACUUUUAUUGGGAUCAUUAGGUAAAAGGCUGUAUUUCUAACUGUUAUGUAUAAUUAGUUCCCUGAUUUAACAAGGUGAAGUGCAAUGUGUGCGUGUGUUUGUGUGCCAAUAAAUAAAUAAGAAAAUGAAAAAUGUAAACCCUAAAAUUGAUGAAUAUAGAAAUUAUCUCCAAACUAACUAAGGACUGUGAAGCAGCAUCCUUCUGAUGACCUAUAAAAAGCUGUGUCAGUUAGUCUUGAUCCUGAAAUAAAAUGGUCAUGUGGAUUUAAGUCUUGGAGAAUAAAAACAUGCAGGAAUGGAUCAGACAGGGCUGACAGCUGUUGUGUUUUUGUGUGUUUUUUUCUGCUAGUAGAUGUUAAAGGAGCCUCCGUGCAGUUUGUUUUGAACCCUCAGCCAUGGUGGCUGAAAAUCCACAAUGUGGCUUUCUUCCGUGUCAUAGUGGCGGAGAGAUGGAGGAGUUUUUUUUUUUUUUUUUUUUUCCAAGGGGGGCAUGGGAAUGAGAAAGUGAAAAGUGUGUUUCUGUUAAUGUGUGUGUGGGUGUUUGUGAGAUAUGGAUGUGCAUGCACUGGUAUGCCGUCUGAUUCUUGUGUAUCUCUUGGAUAAUAAUGGGGGUUUUAUCUUUCGACUUGUGUAGAUAAAACUCCUGAGUAAACAUCACAUUUUUUUUCUCACAGUUUCUUUGAUCUCUAUGGCAACAGAAGGUGUUGAUUCCGCAUAAGCCUGUUAGUCAUGGUUGAAUAUAGGUGUGGAAUUUGGAUGGUCAAUAACUCAUAAAUAUGGCGCUGCAAAGUCUGUUAUGACAAGUCUGUUUCAUCAGUUAUGAGGAGGGUUUGCCGUUCUUCUUCCAGAUGCACUCUGUUCUUUAUUUAUUGCCUUUUUGAAGAAUCGAAUGUGACAGGGGAUGAACAGAAGACAAAUAAAUGGAGAAAGAGCUUUUCUCCUGUAAAAAAAUAAAUAAAUGAAUGAUGGCAAGAGAAAUGAAACUUGCACAACAUUGCAAGAUUAAUUGAGAGAAAAAAGGAGAAAUGCACAGCCAAAGAAAGAGGGAGGUUACAUUUCAACAAAACUCAGCGAAGCGGGAUUCAUGUGCUGAGUCAUAAAUGCCAAAUCAGACUUUGGUCUUAUUCUUGCUUUCAUAUAUCACUCCAUUCAUUAACUCCCUAAGGGUUUAAGCUGCUACACUGAUUGACAUCCCACUGCUCACUCUCUCUCUCUCUCUUUUUCCUCUGAUACAUGUCCUGGCUAGCACAUAGUGCCAUGAGAAGACUGCAGUUGGAUCCUAUCAUUAUGGAAUGAAAAACAUCUCAGCUUUAAUAUAUGCCUCAUGGGCUCUGCCGGUGAUUUCUGCACACACCCUUAAGUCAACAAAAUCUCAAACACACACUUGCAUGCACGUUUAGAGGCCAAAUAGUGUAAAUUCUUCACGUGCCAAUGACUUGGAUGCGGUUUAGGGAGAUGGACAGGGAUGUGGUUCUUUUUACUCAUCUUUAGGACAAAAGAAAUAUUUCCAAAACAUCAAGUAUCAAAACUGGAUUAUUCUCUUUGAUCAAAACACUGGCCAAAAGGAAAGAAAACUUAAUAACGUCAGUGAUUAAAAUCUCUUUCUGCUGUUUAGAUUAAUGAUAACAAGUGCUGGAUCAAUAGAAAUGUCAAUAAUACACCAGAUCAACUUUCUCCUGCUUUCUGGGAAUGAAUUCCUCUGGGCACAUCAUCAUGUGUUUCAGAAAUAACUGUCCUCCAUCUCUGCAUGCUUUGAUGUUAGCAUCGCCUCGCACACACACGAUGUGGAACUAUCAAUCUGUCUUUCAUCUUCUCCUCUUGUUUUUGUCUAGACUGUUGGACCGGUGAAGAUUAUUGCAAAUUUCCACAAUUGUUCUGCUUUCAUCCUAGCCAACCUUUGAUUCAUCUGUGCCAAUUAAUUCCAGUUUUCUUAAGGUUGAAGCUUUGAUCACAUGAAGUCCUGGUUUACAAUCAGACACUUUAUGAUGUCUGUGGGGGGAACUGACCUCAAUCUGACUGCACAGCUUCCAAAGAUCUCAAAAAUAUACACAGCUUCAAAGUUUCUGUGUUAUGGACGGUAAAUCAUUUUGCUGAAGGGAGAUUUAGCAUUCAAAAGAUAAAAAAACAACAUAUCACUGCAACACAAAUUUAAAGUGCACAGAGAAACACAUCAAAACCAGACCACAUCAAAUCAGAUGGUACUUUUGACCAGUUGAACUCCAACCCCCACUGGAUUAAUAGAUGUAGAAAUGCCCUCUUGAGAAAUGUGCUCACUUAAAACACAUACAUUAAAAUAUUCGUUUGGUAAUACACCACAUCAUCAGCAUAUGCAAAUGGAUAUAUGGGUUCUUCUUGGCAGCAGCUUCACAUCCAGACCUGUGGAGUGAAAUGAGUACUUCUUUUCAGGACCGCUAUUAAUUCUGCUGCUAAUGAAGCUGUAGCACAGCUUGCAUAUGUCAGAGUGUCAGCAGGCUUCAGGUAGAUUGCCAGGUUUAGAUUUAUUUCACUGCCUCUCCAGCUCCGUCAUGCUUGGCUAGAACUGCACAAACUGUGAUACAGCAGUUUGUGUGUUAGUGAUGACCUAAUCAGACCAAAGUCACUUCAAAAACUCAUUAUUUUAGCAAAGUUUAUCAUCGUGACAAAUCAAGCCAUCUCUUUACUUACUUUUAAAGGUGAAGCUGUGAUGUGUACUAAGCCCGUGCUGAUUCUGCCAUCUAUCCAUGUAUAUUUUUAUACUAGGGAUGUAAUGGCAUGAAAAUUCUACCUAACGGUUAUUGUGUCCGAAUUAAUAACGGUUUUCAGUAUUAUCAUGGUGUUUUCGAAAAUGUAUGCAAAGGCACUGAUUAAAGCAUUUUUGAUGCUUCUAACUUGUUUUCAUUGUUUCAUCAUGUCUAGACAGGAUUACUACCUUCAACUAAGUGUUCCCUCGACAUUCCUACAAAACCCAAAAAAUGCCCAUAAUUCAGACUUGGUUCUCAUAGAGGGCUAAUGGUUGUCUUUGGUGCUGUCGCGACCUCCUUCCACUAUGAUUCUAUUUCAAACUUGAUAGAAAGUUUUAAUGCAAUUGCAGGCUACACAGUGCGCCUGUGCGGAUACCGCAGAACACUUGGAUGAAGCUGGGAUGAUUAACACAGGGUUUCCUCUACAUGCCAUUGAUUGUAGCACGGCUUAAAAAAGGCUGCCACACCUUAAUAAUGAGUUUUUUUCUUACCUGGCUCUACCUCGGCCUCAUGCGCAUCAGUAUACAUUUAUGCCGCACAGCACCGAGCACUAGCAUUAGUGAGUUAUCGUCUGCGAUCCAUUACACCCUGUGUUGAAAUGAAAACGGUAAUUGUUAUCAUUAACAUUUUGAUCCCAAUUUACCAUUGCACCGGUUACCGUUACAUCCCUAUUCAAUACAGCAGUGUUUUUGGAUGAAUUAAGGCAAUGCACUAUGGACUUUUGGAAGUGGAAAAAUUCCCCCCACCUACGCCAAAAGUGCCUGUCCUAAACUGCUCCUGCUAUAUGCACUGUGAAGACCAUUAUCUGGUCUUACACUAAAAAAUGGUUCCUCCUUGUUGGCAGACUCAGGUUCAAACAGUCGGCUUUUCCUGCUUUCAGUGUAACAUUUGGAGGUUUGUACAAAAGAUCUGUAGACCCUUUUCAGUGUGUUUACAUGAGUGAGACAUAAAUAAUCUAAUUAAUGGUCAAGAAAGAGGGCCAUUAGCUUCUAAGUGCUCACCCUGUGCAUAGUUCUGUAUCCUCAAGUAGACAGACCCCGUUCAAUUACAACAAGAAGUCUCUUUCCUGCAUGUCACUCCCCUCUCUCUUUCCCUAUAUAAACUGCUGGAUCCUCUCAAAAUAAAGAUGCAAAAGCAUUAUGGGUCAACAAAUGCUGAACAUUCUUCAAGCAUUUCAUUUCCUCUGCUCUUAUUGAAAAAAUAGGGAGGUUUAAGCUGAAGGAGCUAUGGCACCUGCAUGCAUGAACACAGGGAUUACUCAGGUAGCAAUUACUGAUGUAUGAAUUCCCCCUUUUUCAGAUGUAAUUUUAAACCUUCCUCUCCAGACAAGAAAAAAGCCUUCUCUACUUUUUACAGCCUUGAAAUGAUGUGGCUGUAGGUGACUUUCCUCUGAGGGGAAGAUGGGGAAUACCAAUAUGGCCUUAAGUUGUCUCUGCCUGAAAGCUAAUGUGCAAAGCGGAGAGUCCUAUUAAAUGUCUUCCGCCCUUGUGUGCAGAGACCUAUAAUUAACAUUUACCACAUUGGAUCAUGGCCACAGGGCCGUCAUAGGUCUUAUAUCAUGCCAACGGAAAAUGGUGGGGAUGGUGAAGAUUAGAUAAAUCACACCUUGUAGGUCAGCGAAGGAAAAACGAUAUUUUUCUACUGCUUCCCCUUCCCUACACGCUCACUUCUUUCUCUCGGUUUCUCAUUUUGUCUGUGUGCAUCUCAGCUCCUCUCCUAUUGUGUUAUGUGUGUGCUCUGCAGUCCAUUAAUGAGAUGUCCAGAGGGGAAGGCAGCUGGUGGAAGUCUAAUAUCCUUUCUGACCUUUUCCCUGUGAAGGGACCGGGGAGAGGAGAUGAGUGAAGUUUGUAAAAGGGAAAAGGAGGGAAGUGUAAAGACUGUUUGUGUCCUUAGAGAGUAUAUAUUGUGGUGAUAUCACAGAAGGGGGAAAAGGGGGAUAUGAGAUGGCAAUUAAAAGCCUCUGUUAUGUCUGUCUCUUUUGCGCUCGGUAUAAUGUUUUCCAUGUGUACAUUGACCCACUUACAUCGUGGUGAACAACACUUCUCUAUCUAAAAAUAAUAACCUAAUUUGAGAGGAUUACUCAGAGAUUACUUAAAGCAAACAUGUAGGUAUUACUUUCAAUACUCAGGUGAUGGAAAUAAGCCUCAAGUAGCCUAAAUAAAUACCUGCAUUGUUUAGUAAGGGUUAUUGCUGCAUCUGUUGGGGACGAUAAAAAUACAAACUGUCAGUUAUUGAGAUUUUUUUCUGAUUUCAAACAUCAAUCAUGUUACCUACUUACACAUGGUCUUCAGCACGAGACACAUGUGUUAUUCUCUCUUCCUCUCUUUCAGACACUCCAUGUGGCUUUCAUUUAGCUCAUUGACAUCAUUCUGCACACACACACACACACGCACACACACGAGGAUACGGGAACCCAAGGCUGUGUACCGAUAAUGGCAUGACACCCCAGUUCUCCGUCUCAUGACCCCACCCCCAGGGGCUCCACACUCUCAGUGCAGCCUUAACAGCACCAGGAGAACAGACUCUCUACUUAUUCUGGACCCAUUUAACUCCAGUUCACUCCAAUAACUCUCUGCCAAAGUCCCAUUACUCAAUAAGUAAACCUAUGUAGGGUUAUUACUUUAGAAACAUGAGACUGCUUACUGCUACUUUAAUUUGUGACAUGACAUAUGUGUAAAGUAUUGGCCAUAGAUCAGAAAGUGAAAAUUCAUUCAAUCUUUGUUUAAAAGCUUUCUGAGGGUUUCAUUUAUCUUUGACUAAACAUGAACAUGUACCCCUAUUGCUAACAGAAUUACAAUCCAAAGUAGGUUACUGCUGAGCGCACACCCCUACACACACACAUUGUUCUCUCAGGCACAGUUUCCAUACAUGGAUAAAGAGGAGAUCUCAGUUUAUUUUGAUUCCACUUCCCCAAAUCUUCUCAGGCAUCUCUCAGCACUCCUCAGACAGCCGAUGAAAGUGUCUGUCUUGAGGGAGUCCUUUUUUCUCUGUGUUUUCCAUUUGAAGUGGGAUCACAGUAGGGCCGUGUGUCUCCCCGGCUCACUUGCCGAUGGAGAAACACCCUCCCCCACCUCCUCUUCCUCCUCUCAGUUACUUUGCUAAUGGGUAAGCAGCCCUGACGUGCUGCAGACAGUUAAAAAACUUGGAGAGAGACAGAGAGGAAGAGGAGGUGAAACACGGAAAUCCCCCUUUCCCUUCUUCAGUCUGAGCAGCGGGUGUGACUGUGCGCAUAUAAUGACAGGGGGAGACCCUUUAAACAGCAAUGUGCCUGCUGAAGCGUCUGUCACUGUAAUCAGAUCAAACCAUUGUGUUUACCAGCUCUGCAAUUAUCUGUAAUUAAGCAACACCCUCAUAUAUUAUUGAAGUGAUUGGAGUUUCUUCUUGUGUGCAGGUGCGAAAUGAACCAGUGUUACACGUCUGUUGAAACUCAUAAGCAUGGUAUGGAUGCAUUUAAGUUUAUAGAGAUAUGCUAUAUAUUCAUAACAUUACAUUAACAAUCCUGUGUCCCAUUUUAAGAGUAAUCUGGACCCAGUUUGAUCUGAAGUUAAAUUAUACAUACCUGGAAUAGCAUUUUUCUCAGUCAGUCAAAACUGUGAAUCAUUUUUAAGACUCAUAAUAAUAUGGUAAGCUGUUGUAACAUUCAGUAGCUGGACUGUGUAUUAAAUAUAGACAAGUGUAAUUCAACUCUACACAGUGAGCAUUUCACAUAUCAACAUGACAUCCCUCUAACCGUCAUGGUAGAUAUCAUUCUACCCAUCUAUAAUGAAUACUUUAAACUUUCUUACAUACGAAACCGAUCUUACCCACCGGUCUUAUACGUCCACAAAAGUCUAAAAGUCAGCCAUUGUAGCUUUUUGCUCUGCUAGACUGACAAGCCCACCCACCAGGUUACAUGUGCAAAAACAUGUGUGUCAGCUGCACAGGUAAACAACAGUCACCCGGUCAACCAAGCAUGCCGUCUUGUUUGUUAGAAAAAAAUCGGUAUCGGUGAUCAGUGCAUCCCUAGUAGAAUCUUUCCCAAAGUAAACAGUCCCAUUUUAGACAUCUACAAUUGAGUUGUUACUAAAUUUGGAUAUCCAAAUUCCUGUCCAUCAUACAGUUCUGAAUAAUCAAAUAAUGACUAAUUGAUGGUGUAACUGUAUUUACCUGAAUUGGGUGUUUUUGCUUGAAAGAAAUUCAUUACAGAUAUCUGGAAUAUUUGAUCUGGCUGGGAAAGCAGACAUCAUGGAUAUUGGAAAUGAAAACCACAGGACACAUGAAUGUUGAGAAAUAAUGUCAAUUAUAGAAGUAAGAAUAAUAUCAUAGAUUUAUUGUAUGAUGUUAGUGGAUAGUAGGGAUGCCAUUUUUGGCAUCACCAUUAACAAUUAUCAAUCGAGAAAUAAUGCUCUGAUAGAUAUUUAAAAUAUCAUCACUGAUAAAAGUAUAUUUGCUUUGAGUAAUAAAAUGGCUUAGCAUAGCAAUUAAAGCCAUUCACCAAAGUGGAAAUGUUCCAAAAUAUCUAUAAAUUCAUUAAUUUCUCUUGUAGUCAAACUUCAGCUCUAAUAUUUUUAGCAGCCAAAAGUACAAUUAGUAUUUUAAUAUUUAAAGGCUUCACUGGUUAUUUAUUACAGAUAUCUAUAAUUCAAGUGUGGACUUUGGAUAUUCACUGUAACAUUCUUUCUAUCAGAGUGAACAUUUCAAAAAUCAUUCUUCCCAUUUAAGACAAUAACAACCUAUCUUUUCCUGAUUGUAGUUUGGGAAUUUUUAUUUCAGAUAGCCGACAUAAAAAUACCAUCUUCAACAGAAAACAUCAAUUCUCUGUAUAAGUGCAGUUGCAAUAUGUGUCAUUUUUGUCCUGGGUAUCUUAAAUUGCAUUUUACUAUAAUACUCAUAAUUACAAAUGUGGAUAACGUCUGACAUUUUCCAAGUCGUCAUGUAUUUUGGACAUGUAAAAUUAUAGUUUGGAUAUCAGGAAUGUUUUUCUUUAUUAUUAUCAUUAUUAUUAAAAUUAGAAACAGUAUCCAUUGAAUGCUGUAAAAAAAGGUUUGUUGUGCUUUAUGUUUAAGUACAAUUGAAUGUAGCUGUGUCAGGUUUGUAACAUGGCAUGUGCAGCUUAUGUUAACAUGUUAAUCAGCUGCCCUUUACCAGUAUCCACCAAGACAAGGACAGACUGAUGGAAAAAUAGUCAGCAUAUGAGUUGUUUACUCCCUGACUUUAAAUAGCUGUUGAAGUCUGUCUUCUGAAUAAGUGGUAGCAGACUUGGCUUCAUAUAAAGAAGGAGCUGAUUGUUGGACAGCAGACCUAACACUCCUAGAAACGCUGGAGAGGAAUGUCAGAAAACUCGCCUCGGUCUAAGUUUGGCCUAAGUUAGAGCCAACUGUCAUAGACAUGGAGAGGCGCUCUUUGUAUGUGUGUGUGUGUGUGUGUGUGUGUGUGGGAGAGAGCGAGAGAGAAAGAACUCCAAGUGUGUGUGCGGAUUAGAUAAUUACAGGAAACAUGUCUGAGUCCUGGCAGAAACGCCGCUGCCACAUCCCAGCACUUUCUGCCACCUAACCAGUCGAGAUCUAAUACUCCUCAAACAAACAGUCCCUCGUCUCCAAAAUAGAAAUCUUAAUAGCAACGAAAUACAAACAUUCACCCACUCCUCUGCUGACACCUAAUCCCACAUUAAACAAAUAAAACCCUCCUUUGAGUGACUGUUGCUUUGGGUAAUCUUCAGAAAUGGGUUAAACACCUUGUCUGACAAUUUGAGUGAUCAAGUUUCACUAAAAAAAUACACAUGCCAGGAAAGCACAUCAUACAAUUACCCCCUGCAGCCUUAGCAUGUAGAGUCAUUAUGUAAAAAAGCAACACAAGACUUCUAUAUUUUCUUUCCAGAUACUAGUUGGGUGGCCUGAAGUCUCUAUAGAAGUCAUACAAAUGCAGAAAAUACUGCCUGUUACACAUUUUCUUUCCUUUGCAAACCACAGCUUGUCUGCUUAAAUCAAUUUGAGGUUUGGGGAAGGUUUGGUAACACAACCCAGAUCCCCUCUGUCUCCUUUUACGAAGACACCCUGCCCAACUCAGUCAUGUGUUAAUGAAAAGUUUUUUCAGACAAGUUCAGCCCAGAGGAAGUGCACACCUUCAGCCCCUUUAGCACUUUGUUUAAAUCCUUCACCCUCAAACGCCUCCAGAAGCUCACAGAGAGCAGCGCCAUGUCAGGUUGGAUCAGGUCGACUGGCUUGCUGCAUGUUUACCUACGUGGUCUGCUGUUACACUGAUGAGCGUAUGCUUCAUAUUUAAUGACAUAUCGGUCAUGGGCUGUUGCUUCCUUUUUGUUGGAGGAUUUGAAAUCACCUAAGGCCAUGUCUGACAGGGAGUGGCAGCUGAUCUUAAACUAAUGGCUGAUAAAGAAAGUUGCUCCGUUUCCUCUUUGAUAACAGAACUUCCUCCUGAUCAAACGGACCAUAGGCCACACUGCGUACAUCCUCCUCUGGUUGAUAACAGCAUCUUUCCCAUGACAUUCCCUCUUCUGAAAAGCACUUUCACUGUCACUAAACUGCCCUCUUAGUAAAGCUUUCUCUUCUGCUUUCAGUAGCAUGGAGCGUAGGAGGUCUACCUUGAGCUCCCUGUUCCCUUUUAUCCCACGGAAACUUUUAGUGCGAUAGAAACAAGGUGUGCAGUCCUUCAAUCAAGCUAGUGACUCUAAGAAAUGAAGCUGAAUUGAGAAGGAGGUAUAGGUGCUACAUGAGAGGAAGAGAUGUGAUAGAAAGAUAACCCCGUUGUUGCUCUUUGCGUUUUCCCUUGGGUGUGCUAUGAAUCAGAAACACAUGUUGCAAUCCGCCUUUAGCUAUGGGACCAGAUGAGACUCAGCCGCAAGUAACCGUAGCAUCAGAGACCUCUUGAGAAAAAGGCUUUGGUUUAAUUCAAUCUUACUGAAGGCAAGAAACUGCCUUUGAAAUAAAAGUUCAGCCAGCUAGCAACCUCUAACUAAAUUACAGUUAUCUUAUUUCCUUAAAUUUUUUAUCUUUACUCUGCAGAACUAUGGCAGCUGAAUAGGACCUGGGUGUUCCAGGGACAUGGAGCUACCCUUCAGCCUCAGACCAUGCUGCUCGAUGAAGGCCACGAGAGGCUUUACGUCGGGGCCAAGAACGCUCUCUUCUCUCUUAGCCUGGGAGGGGUUAACACACACCCGAGAGAGGUAGGCGAGUUUUCCUCUACCCUGAGCCGCGGGGAUGGGAGACAUAUUUAACUCACACACUCAUAAUGCAUAAGACAUCCAAACUGAGUGUGCAUAUGCGCCUACAUAAGGUAGACUAUAAACUGUGAUAUGGUUGUCAGUCAAAUAUUCAACUACACACUCAGCCAGGCACACGCAGUAUAUUUCACAUCUUCCUUUCUACCUGUCAGAAAUAAUUAUGCAUUUUUGUUGUGUCUUCUGUCAGAUCCAGUGGUCCAGCACAGAAUAUCAGAUAGAAGAGUGUUUGAUGAAAGGAAGGGAGAAGGUAAGAGACACUCUCUUGGGACUGCAUACAAAACAUGUUUUUAUCUUUGUAUUGGUAGUGCAUCUAAGAUAGCAGAGUGUAAAUGAUAAUGUGAAUUAAAAUGCAGUUUCUAUAGCGUGUAAGAAAUGUAUGAUCAAAUUCAUCUGGUCUGUAAGCAUUGUUUUUUCUUAUGGAUCUUCCUGUGUUAUUUAAUUAGUGCUUCACCCAUGUAUUGAUGCUAUUGACGAUGCAGUGAAAGCCUGGCAUUUCUCCACCCCACAAUUAGCUUGACCUCAAGUUGCCCUCAUGACCUUUCUCCUAACAAAACGCCUCCUUCCCCACCCACUGUUUCAUCUCUGUAUCUUGUCUUGUCACAGCCGGAGUGUGCAAACUACAUCAAGGUCUUGCAACAGUACAAUGAGACUCAUUUGCUGGUAUGUGGAACGGGAGCCUUUAACCCAAUCUGUGGCCUGGUCACAGUGGGAAACACAGGACAGGUGAGUCCCAAAGACAGAGUUCCAUUUUAAUUUGAUGACAAACCAGUGAAGUGUUCAUUAAACAGAUGCUUCCUUGACAGCCAACAGGGUAGUUUUUGAAUAUUGAUGAUGGAAAGGUUAUACUAGAUACUGCAGUCACUUAAAGGGAUAUUAUGGCGUAAUAUUAAUUUAGGGUCAAACACACUGUAACACUGAAUUAGACACCCCCUCGAAAUAGAGUUGCUGGAAGAGAGUAGGUGAGUUGUGUUUAGUCUCUUUGCGAAAGAAAUUAGGCAAAGUUAAAAAGAUGUUUGGUGGCCAGUACUAUGGCUGGGACCCUAUAUGUACUGUUGAUGAAGUUAGGUGCUGUUCUGAACAUUAUUUGUGGCUAUAAAGUGACGUUUUGGUUGAGGUUUGUGUGUGGUUCCAUAGACCACUGUGUAUUGCUAUCGUGCGGUUGUUACCAAAGUUGGUAUAACUAGAGAAGCAAGCGGUCGGCAACAUUCAUCUCUCGAAGGGGUGUCUAAAUCAGUGUUAGUGUAUUUGACCCUUAAUUAAUUUUACACUGGACUAUCCCUUUAAGGAGGCCCUUCUAUCUCUAUCUAGGUGUUGUUUUGGAAUUAUUAUGGGGCUCGCCAUCGACUGGUCGGUUAAAAAUCCCCCCCCUACAUCCCCUCACUCACAUAAAAAGAGCUGACCAGGUAGCUAUUUAAGACGUAAACUGAUUCAUAGCUUUUGUAAGAAAACUCUGUCACUUCCAGCUAAUUACAUCUCAACUACAACGGCCAAGCUUUACUGUUAUUGACCUCAUGAGCUGGAAGUAGAGUCAGCAUAGCAAUAACAUCAAGCUUGCAUGGGGGAAAACCUUCACUCAGUAUCACUCACUUUUCCUCCUGCAUGUAAAUGUACACUCUAUUACUUUUGGUUGAAUUCCGUAAAAACAAAAGAUUUGAAAAACAAAGUUAUUACAACUAAAGUGUCAUAUAAUCUUAAGAAAAGUGUGACUUAAUAGCAUAAGUCAAGUUUUCCAUGACUCCUGUUAUCAAUAUGUUUACCCAUUUUUACCAGCUGGGUUGCAUCGGCCUAAGAAUUUUUUAAAGACUAGCAGCAAACCAGAGCUCCAUUCUUAGAAAAAAGCUCAUAUUGAUAUUUAACCACUUUCUCAAAAUGAAACCACAUGUUUGAAAACUUGUUAGCCACCAUCGGACAACAGCUCAUGCUUUGUUAACCGCUGCUUUCUUGCUUGAUCAUUCCAACAAAACAGUCCCGUUUUCUUCAGAACACAGUCAGACACAUUUCCCAUGGAUCACCUCAGUUCUGCCUCCGCCCUCUUAUCUCUGGAGCACUGUAGUCAAAACCUUCUUCACACUGUGAAUGUUUUGGCUGCAAGCUCUUAGAACUGUUGGUUCAGCUUGAAACCCUGAGCAGUUAAACUCUCAGCACAUGCUGCUGGAGUUGAGUUUAUCCUUCUGGCAACAAAGAUCGAUUUGUGAUAAAAAAAAAAAAGGAUGGUAAGUAAGACAGGGUGAUAUUUUGGUCAGUAGAAGAGAAUUAUUAAGUACAAGCUGCUCGUUUUUUUAUUUUUAAAAAAAGCUGAGACGAGUUAAGUCCAGGUAAAAAAAGGAGUACAGGCCAGGUGCUGCUCUGCAGGAGUAGGUUUGAAGUCAGAAGAUAAAUGUUCUACCGUACUCAGGGGUCACUUCACGUGUGUGUAUCAGCUGCCUGAGUGAGAUUUGAGCGAGCAGGAGGGUUUCAUGUGCAUGCUGGUGUCCAUGCAAAAUUACCGGCAGACAUUUGGGUGAGCGUGUUUGUCUGACACACAUCUCCCAGAUGUCAAAUAUGGAACAGAUCUAAGUGUGAGUAUGCUUGUGUGUGUGUGUGCUUUCCAACACUGAUCCAGUAGGUCAGCCACACCUCCUUAAACAGGAACUACAUCCAGCCAUUCCUCAUAUCUUUGGAAUGCUCAUACUGCGGCUGACACUGGAUCAGUAUAAGCAACUGAAUCCCUUUACAAGAUUAUUUCAAAUAAAUUUCAUACUUCGUGUAUGAGAUUACAUCAACCAGUCAGUGAAAGCUUAGCAGUAUUUCGACAAAGCACCUACGGGACAUUUCUUCAAAAAGACCGCCCAAUAUCAGGGUGCUACUGCAGAUGGAGUAAUAUUGUUUCAGCCUAUUGUAUUUUAGCCAUUUUCAGUUUAUGUUUGAUAGAUCACACUAAAUGAUGGAUGAGUUUAACCCACACUCUGACUUGUGUUACAGUCAUAUGCUAGGCAGUAGUCACAGCACAGUAGGGUUUCACUACGACUCAUAAAUCAAUACAUGACACCCCUUCUGAUCUACCAGUGACAGUCAUAAACACUGUGGUGGACCAAACAUAUGAGCCGUGUUCUGCAGGGAGUUUGGUGUGUGUGACUGUGUGUGUGUGUGUGUGUGUGUGUGUGUGUGUGUGUGUGUGUGUGUGUGUGUGUGUGUGUGUGUGUGUGUGUGUCUGCCACCUGCCGUGCAGGGCAGCCAGAUCAGGAGAGCAGAAGCAGAGACUUGUCAUGAUAGAAGAGCUGAACAUAGUUGGUUUUACAGAUUCAGACGACAGUUUCUCUUUGGUCAUCCAUCACUCUGAGUCUCAUUUAUCUUCUUGUCUCCUGCUCAUCCAUCACUCUCUUAUCUCCCCUGUCUUUCUCAGUGCAAAACAAACAUUGGUUUGUCGAGAUAUUUUCAGUGCCAUUGCAAGACUGCAGCUGUCAUGUAUUUAUAUCCAUGCAUACAUAUUAAUAACUAUGCCUACAUCUGUGUGUGGUGUGUGUUGCCCUCAGGACAGGCAGUUUGCUCUGGAAGAAGACAGUAUUAUAAGUGGCCGGGGCCGAUGUCCAUAUGACCCCAACAGCCCCUGCACAUCAACGCUCUCCAGUAAGAAGCCUCUCAUUCCAUCACUUACCACCUAAACAGCUUAAAGCACAUUGUGAGACUGUGAUGAAUGAAGCUAAAUGGGUGAAUACUGGGUAUUUAACUAAGAGCUCAAUUUGACUAUAAUGGAUCAAUGCUGCCACCUUGUGGUCAGUUUUCAUGCCGAUAUUUUACAUAGAGUCAAAAAGGGGGAUGUAUUAAGUAACACUUCCUGGUCAUCAAGAUGUUUCAUUAGUGUGUGUGUUUCUGUAUAUUUAUGCAUUUCUAUGUGUGUUUGUUAGGAGGAGAGCUAUACAUUGCCCUGUACACUGACUACUGGGAGAAUGAUGGUGCUCUAUGUCGACUUAACAACCAGACCUACACUCGCACUGAGAGAGACGACAGGCAGCAACUAAAUGGUUGGUGAAAAACAUAGACAGUAAAGGUAACACUUCACAGUCCUGUCCCCACUCAUGAGCAUUUAUUGAUGCUUUGUAAAUGGUCAGGCAAUCAUGAGUUCAUAUAUGACUCAUUCAUGCAUUAAUGAUUAUCACAUCAUUAACCAAUAAAGAGCAGAGUUGUAACGAUGCUCACAGCACAUGAGACAGGGUAAGAUAAAGGAUCAAAAAGGAUGUGAUUUCAAAACUUUUACAGAUUGGUUACAGAAAAAAAAAAUCUAUUAUUAUCACUAAAGUGACAUUCAUCACAAGAUGAAGACUGGUUAAACAAACAGUUAAACAAACUGUAUGAUCACCCUAACUCUGUCAGUGCCAGCGAGCAGGAGAAUGCUUCAGGUGGACAAAGUGAUUGUGAAUAUGGACAUAAAAAAGAUAAAUAAAUAAAAUAAAAAUAAAUCAAGAUAUGUGACCAUGGAGCGUUGUGUUGUUAUGAAGACAAACUUUUACCUUUCUUCUCCUUUGGUUGUAUUUUUCCACUGCACUGGGCUGAUUAAGAUGUAGCACUGCGACCACAUUGGUGUAAAACAGUAACUGCAGUUCAGGGAGUUAUGCUAAAAAAAAGUGAUUAAAAAACAGGGUAUGACUUUGUUAAGAGCUGGAGGUGAGGAUAUUAGGUUGAGGUGGCUGUCUCAUAGCUUUCUAUGUUGGAUUAACCCUGUGUUAAAAUGUAUUAUAUAUCACACUAGUUUUUUAAAGAAUUGUAUAUGAUUGGUGGUCUGAGUAUCAUUUGAUUUACUAUUAAUGAAUUAGUUCAACAAUAUCUAGUAUUAUUUAAUUUUGUUAGUUUGUGUUUAUUAUGAGGCUGAUUAAGAUUCACUGAAAAAACAAAAGCCAAUGAUAACACUCAAGUGAAUAUACUCAACAUUUCACGAACCAAGUGUUACCAACAUAUUUGCAUGUCGCUUUAAAUGAGGGACGGUGAAAACAGUGUGUGUGUGAUUGUUUAUGAAAACAAACACACACACAUACACUUUAUAAAAGUGUGUCAAAACAUAAGAAGCUAUUGAUGAGAUAUUCUCUUUUAUACUGUGAGUUUUUUUAACCUCUCAAAGCCCAGCUGUGAAUCACAUACUGUAUAUGCACUUAAAAGUGGCAAUACAACUGUUCUCACACAGAGCGGCUCUGCUAGGAUACAAAAUCAUGAGUUGUUUCAAGUGUUAAUUAGUUAUAAUAGUUUUUAAAGAGUUUCCUGCUUUAAAAAUUUAAUGAGUUAAAAAUAGAAUUAACACUUUAUAGCAGACAUCCACUCUCCACUGACUAAAGCCUUAAGUUUCCAUCUCUGUCUUUCUUCAGAACCUGUAUUUGUGGGCUCAGUGGUUAUUCCCGACAAUGAUGACCAGGAUGACGAUAAAGUUUACUUCUUCUUCACUGAGCGGGAGACAGAUGCCGAGGGAGCGAACAAGGCUGUGUAUUCUCGUGUUGGCAGAGUCUGUGCGGUGAGAAAACAAAUGCUGUAAAAAUACUUGUGGACAUGAGUCAGCCAAAGAGCGGCUCUCACCCUCUAUGUCUGCCCUCACCUCACAGAAUGACCAGGGAGGACAGAGGAUGCUGGUGAAUAGAUGGAGUUCCUUCCUCAAAACGCGACUGAUCUGCUCUGUGGCCGGGCCAAACGGCAUUGAUACACACUUUGAUGAGCUUGGUACGACAAAAAUAGGAGACUGUUUGCAUUGUUAAAAUCCGACUAAGCUGAUGUGUUUAAUUUUUUCUUAGGAGCGUGAUUUUAAAAUGUCCUAGAAAAGCCCAGCUCUCCUUAAAUAAAUUAAUGUUACAAGACUAGCCAACAGAAGUAUGAGCUAAAUGCUUCUGUCAGCAUUCUGACUUGAUGGUGGGAAUAUUAUCCAUCAUAUUCGUUCUGUCAAGUUAGACAAUAAAUGCAAAAAUAUGAACUUUCUCUACAUUUUAUGUUCUAGAGGAUGUGUUUGUUCUGAACAACAAAGAUGGGAAAAACCCUGAAAUCUUUGGCCUCUUCAGCACAACAAGGUAAGUGAAGGAUGACUUCAGCUUUUCAGUAACAAUUCAUUAUCCUUCAAGUACCUAAAAUGAGUAUUUGUUUUACAGCGCUGUGUUUAAAGGCUAUGCAGUGUGUGUCUAUCACAUGGAUGAUAUCAGAGCGGCCUUUAACGGUCCCUUUGCCUACCGAGAGAGACCCGAACAUCACUGGACUCCUUAUGAGGACAGAGUUCCCUACCCUCGACCUGGAUCUGUGAGUCUCAGAAUGGAAAACUGUUUGUGGGAUUUCAUUAGCUGAUGCACCGGUAUUAUGCAUUCACAGCACUCCCAUAGUCUAUGUUCAUGCCAGGCGUCCUCUGAGGGGGACACUGUUGAGAGCGUGUCGGACAGCUUUGGUGAAUGUCAGCACUGUUGUAGCUACCUCAGCAGGUCAAACAGGGACAGUCUGCGCCACAUUAAAUUAUGUCAGCUAUUUUUCUAUGCUGCACAAAGUGCUGCUGCAAUUAAUGGCCCUCUCUUGUCUCCGCACUUCCUUUUACCCCCCCCCCUCCAUCUCUAACAGUGUGCCAGUAAAGUUAACGGAGGGGGCUUCUCCAGCUCCAAAGAGUUUCCCGAUGAGGUUUUGCGUUUUGUUCGUGCUCACCCUGUGAUGUAUCGCCCAGUCCUCCCCAAGCACCGCAGACCCGUGCUGCUGCAGACAGAGCCCGGCAGGAGGAAGCUGACCCAGAUCGCUGUGGACAGAGUCCAAGCUCAAGAUGGACACUACCAUGUUCUCUACAUUGGCACUGGUACACGUUUAAGAAUUAGUACUUAUCACACUCGAUCCUGAAUGUAAAUGCAAGACUUGUGUGUGUUACUUUCAAAAUAAAAAACAUACAGGAGGUAGUUUGUGCUACCAAAUAUGCUAAACGCAACAUUUAAACCAAAUACAGUUAAAGUUAAAAUACAUUAGAGAACAUUUGUUGUACUGAGACUGUUUGGAGCUGUUUUGCUCUGAUUGUGAGAAAAAAGUGUCUUGACAUUUCCUGUAAAACUCAUGAUAUUUUUUUCCUGAACAGAUGACUCCAUUGUGUUGAAAAUUAUCACCAUUUAUAACAAAGACACAGACACUAUGGAGGAGGUGCUGCUGGAAGAGCUGCAAGUAUUCAAGGUACGCUAUAUUUAACCACGAGAUGUGAAACCAGAGAAGACUUGGUAAAAAUCUGCAUUUACUGCUCACAUCUUAGAGUCCACAGUUACUGCACUCAGACACUGUCUGUUUCCAAAAUACUGAGAGCUGAUUUGCCACAUUUCCAUUACCAGAGGGUCACAACUGUGAUUGUGCGGCCAGCCUGCUGAGAGAUGAUUUGAGAUUUGAAUACAUCAAUUUUUCUGACUCAGAUACAUUUGAAAGUAGUUUGUAAGCCGUCACUGCUGCUGUUUUAAUCAAGAAUUGAUUAGGGAUGGAGAGGAGCAUGGCAGGAGGCCUGCGGGGACAAAAGGCUGUGCAUCUGCACUCAUUUCAUUAUUAAUACAUAUAUCAUACAAUAAAACAUUUUUACAUCUUUCAAUAAUAGUGCAAUCUGUCUGAUCUGCAGGUGCCUGUCCCCAUAAAGGAGAUCAUAAUAUCACCUAAAAGGGUAAGAGGAGCAGAUGAAUCGCUGCACCACCGUUUAAUCAUGCAAUUCUAUAUCUGAGCCACAAGAUGUUAACAUUGCAACACUUUCCAUUACUCAUAAUGAACAUAAUGUUUAUGUACUGUUCUCUACUAGUAGCUGUCUAUACACAUUACCAAUUUCAUAUUUCAAUCAAACUGUAUCUUCAUAUCAAUGUAUUAUUUUUGGCUCCACAGCAACAGCUGUAUGUGGGGUCAGAAGUGGGUGUGGCUCAGGUCAGACUGCAUCAGUGUGACCUCUACGGCUCAGAAUGUGCUGAUUGCUGUCUGGCUAGAGACCCUUACUGUGCCUGGGAUGGUCUCACUUGCUCCAGAUACUACCCUGCUGGAGUCUACACCAAAAGGUAACAUCACACACUCUCAGAAACCGGAGUGUGUGUGCAUGUGCGUGUGAUACCAGCUGUUCACACCUUUAGAAGUACCUCUGCUCCAUUAUGGCAUCUUGCCCUAAAUGUCACCCUGCUGCGAGGCUAGUUUAUCAAGUCAUUAUCAUUGGCUUUAAGAGACGUGACAGUAAGGUGUUAUGUAAUGUCUAUUAGUAUGCACUUGAUCAUCCCUCUUCCUCUCUCUGUUUUUUUCUCUCUCUGGUUCUGCCUCUUUGAUUUCUUUUGCUUCUGCACUUCCAUUACAUUUAAAAUUACCCCGUCUUUCUAUUUCUUUCGCUCCUAUCUCAGUAGACGAUUCAGGCGGCAGGAUGUUCGCCAUGGCAACGCCGUCCAGCUGUGCAAUGGGCUGCAAAUUGAUGGUAAGGGUAUAAUGACUGGCUGAUGGGGGUUUUACUUAGUGUGCAAAAUAGAAAUACUGGUGUGUUUGGACAAUGAAAUUUCGCAACACACACACACACACGCUCAAUUCACGUCAGAAAAUGGUUCAGUUUCUCAAAAGCACUCAGCUGAAUAUGAAACACUGAACUCUUCAUGUGUCAGUGCAGUUGAAUUGGGAAAGGUAGAUGUGCGUCUGCCGGAGAUCAGGGUUGAACAAACUAUCAGUGUUUUCCAGACAGUGAAAGUUAUCAGCAGUUCUUUUAUGUCUCUCUUGAAUCACCAUCUUUAUCUUGAUGUGUGUGUUUGUGUGUAGAUGAACAAUGGAACCGAGCUGAGGAGAGGUUCGCUUACAGUGUGGAGAGCAACAGCACUUUACUGGAGUGUGUCCCUCGAUCACUUCAAGCCAAAGUGCUCUGGUUCUUACAGAAAGAGGAAGAAAAACAUGAGGUGGGUGAAAAAAAAAUGCAACUACCAAUGUUAGCAUUUGGGAAUUAUUGGUAUCCAUUGCUUAGAGGAAGUGAUUAUUGGUAUUUACAAUUAAAUUCUCACUCCAAAAAGCAAAAGAAACAACAUGUUCUCCUUCUUAACUGUAUGAUUUGAUGACUAGGGUCCUAUUUCUUUCUAAAACCCUGAGGAAAUACAUUAAAAGUGAUGAAAUAAAUCAAAGAGUUUAAAAAAAUUACGAUCAAUUGUAAAGAUUUAUGGUUUAACAGGUGGCGUACAACAAACAGAUAGCUGGAAUGGUAAUAAACCAGGUCAAGUAGGAGAGACAGUGUAUUGAGUUUGCUAUUGAGUUACUUCCAGUCCACUAAUGUAUUCUCCUCUUAAUUUGUUCUGUGGGUUUUUAAAUGAAAUUCCUCAUGGGAGUAGUGCUGUGGAAGUCUGAAAUGCCUUGUGAAUCAUUUGACUAUUUUCUUCCUGCAGGUUCAGGGUGAUGAGCGGGUAAUCGUGACUUCCCACGGGCUGCUGUUCUUACGAGUCAGGAGCUCUGACGCGGGUGUGUACGUGUGCCAGACUGUUGAACAUGGCUACGUGCACACAUUAUUACGUAUCACUCUGCACGUGCUCAGAGGAGACAGGGUAGAGUCGGCGAUCCGGAGAAGGAAUAAUGGGGAGGGAGAGAAAGCUGCGGCUCCAUGCCUCCACUCCUCCCUCGGUAAUCACCCCAACCCCAGCAUCAGCCCAAGGGCUCUGGUCCCCUCUUCAGUCCCAGGCCCCCACUCACGGCUGUGGUACAAGGAGUUCCUCCAGCUGAUAGGCUAUGGGGAUGCCCAAAGAGUGGAGGCAUACUGUGAGAGAGUGUGGUGCUCUGACAAAAAACGUAAAAAGACCAAAAAGAAGUAUGCCCCUCCUGCUGGUGAGAAAAGAGGAAAAGGGAAGGGAGAGGAGAACUCCCACCGAGCGCCCAGGCACACUUUGGACACCUGAGGAGAAUAAGCUAACGGCACAUACACACAUGUACACAUACACACAGUCUAAAGGUCAGGUUUUCUCAGUGUCUGCAUCACGUAACAGGGUUUCUGUUUGCUUUAAACAAGAGCAGUAACAGUAAAACAAUAGCAGCAGAUUUUGUUGCCAUUGUAGCUCCAUUAAUCAGCCUGUAGUUAGUAUUUUACAUCCAAUGUUUGCCUUAUAGUGUGUUUUCAACUGAUUAUGUGGUGCAGACUCUGGGUAAGUACUUUGAGUGUCAGUGUCAGGGCAGAGCAGAGGCUCUUGCGGGAGAUGGACGACUGAUUAAAGGGACAUCGCCUCUGAUCUGAAAAGACAGAAUACAACAAAUCAGCUCCUGUGGACUGACCCAGCCUGACUCUGCUGUCGAUCAAAACGCACACAGAGACUGCUACAAAACACCUCUACUCCAACUCUCAUUCCUUGCCUCAAUAUGACAAACUCACAUAUGUAUCUAUAAUGACAGAAAACAACUAUGUUUAAGAGAAGACCCUCUACGCUCUUUUGGUACUAUGCUAACUUAUUUUCUUGGUCUUUAUUCUGUAGCUGGUUAGAUGUCGUAAACUGGAAAAUUUAGUGCUGAUGUUUUUUUGUGCAAGAAAAAAAAAAGUGCAUUGAGCUUUAUGAUACUGCUCAUCUGAAUACGAUGAGGAGAUGUAGGGUAACAUUGGCCUUAGUGCAUACCAUUAAAUGUUGCAACGCCACUACUAUGGAUAUUUGAGGCAUGUUUUAGUUAUAAUUAUGCACUCAAUUGAAAAAAAGUACGAUUUAAGCACUUGUAAAAACAGUUAGACGAAAAGUGGUUCUGUAAGUGGAUAUUAUUGUCAUUGUGAAUGUCUGCAUUUACAGAUACAACUGAUCAAAUGUAUCAGCAGUGUUGUGUGUAUUGUAUAUUUUAUUUAUCUAAAAAGUGGGAUGGCUGUUGAGGGUCCACCUGUUAAGUUAAACAACCCAUCACACUCUCCCUCUUCUCCCUUUUUCAAUUCCUCUGUUUCUCCCUCUUCACUUAUUUAUAUUUUUUGCUUGUCUGUGACCACGUCGCAGAUGGGCUUGGUAAUUACCACAACAAGCUGCACAUUUCCUUUUGUUAGAAAGAAGGAAUAAUGUUAGGUUGGCCAUCCAAGCAUGUUAUUGGAAAAAACAAGAAAAAUUACAGAGAGAGAGAGAGAAAAACAAAGAAAAUUCAGACGUUACAGAGAGAUCCAUUAUGCUGGUUGGGUUGAUCACUUCUUUUCCAUACUGUGCCUUAUUUUAUCACAAAAUCCAGAUGUAUAGUUUUGACCCUGUGUAAUCAUAAUGUCACUCGAAGGAGAGGUAAAAAAAAAAAACUCAAUGUGUUGGUGUCUGUCACUCAUUCUCCUUGGAAAUCCUUCAUCUAAGCCUAAGGUUGAGAGUGUUGUGUCUGCUAUACCCUUUAUAAAUAACUGCCAUUAAAAAAGAUGGGCCAUCUUUCGCCAGUGUCA